ACAAGAUCUGCAAAAUGGCGACUUUAGAUGAUAGUCCGUCGCUAUUUGCAGGCCAACCUUGGACUGCUUGGGAAGAGAAAAUUAAAUCUAAAGGGGAGGACGACUCGGUGAAGCCAAAACGCGUAAAUUGCGAUGAUACAGAAACAGUGAAGCUCAGGAAAGAAGAUAAGCCACUGUUUGGGCUGUGUCCUGCACAAGACCAGUGUUACCUAGUGGUGUGUGAGAAGUGUGGUCAGGUGGUGAAACCCCAGGCUCUCAAGAAACACACAGAACAACGCCAUGGGGUAAAGUUGCCAUUGGCUCCUGUUAGGGCUGUCACGCCCACAGCUGGUGCACUGAAGUCCAGCACACCACCGCCAUCUAGGAACAAAUCUCCUGUAUCUGCUAAUGCCUCUGUGUCACCUGGGCCGGGGUCAAAGUCAAAAUCUUUAACAUCAGCUCCAUCAAAAUAUGGCAAUUCCUCUUCCUCUGGCAAGGCAGCUAAACCACCUCCUCCGUCCACCAGCAAAAUAAAACAGUUAGUGGCGCUGUCACAGAUCAAAUCUGACCCAGUAGUGAAGGUGGAGCCACUGGACCAGAGUGUGGUGAAUCAAUACAGCCCCACUCCAGAGGCUGUGACUACAAAAACUUUUGUCGACACAAAGCCAGUGGUGACAAAAUCAUUGUCAUCUCCCAGUGUGUCACUUACUAAGACAAUGUUACCAGUAACAACAGUGCCAUUGUUAUCACCUGUCACCACGACAACAACAGUAACAGCAUCAUCAUCAAUAUCAACACCCACAAAAACUAACUUAAUUAGGAGUAACAGCUCCAGUAGCAGUGCUGGAAGUGGAAGCUCUAAGAAACUAGUCAAGGAAAGGAAGUUCUUGCCCUGCAAAGAUCGUGAGUUUGAUCCUGAUCGACACUGUGGGGUGUGGAUCCCAGAGAUUAGAAAACAGUGCACAAGGUCUUUGACAUGCAAGACACAUGCCUUAUCCCUGCGGAGAGCAGUCCAGGACAGGAGCAAAUCCUUUGAUGAACUUCUGCGGGAACACCGAGCAGCUAAAGAGGCCUUGUUGCAAGCCAAACAAGCUGCUGCUGGAAUGGUGGCGGCCAAAAAAUCCUCCAACAGUGGUGGCAGCAGUGGGAUCAAAGCUGAACCUUCCCGCCGCCAGUCCGUGAACUCUGAGUCCUCUUUGAAGGGCAGUGCGGGCUCUCACCACGCCAUCGCUGCAACAGCAUUACCACUGGGGCCAAAGUUACCCACCAAGCCUAGUAGUCACCGUCUGCCCAAUUCAUUCUUAAGACAAAAUUCUCAGAGUGCCAAGGAGGCCGCGCCCCCUCCGGAGCAGUUCCAGCGUAUUUGUAGUGACUGUGAGGAGGACGGGGACAAAGUGAUGAUGGAGGUGCCUUAUAUCAGUACUCACCCACAGCCAGCAGCAGUCAAUCACUUUGGUGCCCGCAUCUUCACCAAUGACGCGAGCGGCCGUCUGCAGGGCCCCGGCUGUUACGUCUUCAGUCGCAAGUUUGACUUUGCCAGAGCAGUAGUCCGCAGCACACUGGAGAAACACCUGCAGCCUUGUAAAACUGAACCUCCAGUCAAAAAAAGAUGUGUGGAAGCCAAAUUGCCCAAAGAUCCACAACAUGUAUCCACAGCAUCAAAAGAUCCAUAUGACUUCAAUAUACUGGAGUCCACAGCAGCAGGCCGCAUGGCUCAUACAGGCAGUUCCAGUGCAGCAGGUCGUGUGGUUCAUACAGGCAGUUCCAGUGCAAAAUCCAAGUCCAACUCUGCAGCAAAUAAAAACAGUAAUGGGCACAGCAGUCAUAAUAACAAUAAUAAUAAGUCAAAAGACUCCAAUAUAACAACAAUGCGUAGCUUAGGAGGGGAUGGAGGCAAUAGUAAUCAUAGUAGUAAUCAGAAAAGGAAAAGAUCUGGAAGUAGAGACACCAGUGUACACAAUAUGCUGCCUGCUAGCAGUGUGGCUCCCAGUGCUGUAGCAGCCAGUACAGCCCCCACUGUGCCAACUGCUGGGGCAGGUCAGUUUACUCACAUCACAGGGGGGAUAUUACUGAACUCUGGGGGGAGCUCUGUGCCCCUAGCCAUCCCUGCUGGCUUCAGUCUUAACUUAGCAGGGGCCAACAUUGGCAACCUGACCAUGGCCCAGUCUGCUAAUAGACAACUGGUGAAGAACUUUGUAGUGGCCAACAUUGAUGGGAGUGGCUUUGCUAAUGGUCAGUUGGUCAGUUUUUCCUCCAAUGACCAGCUCCAAGGGGGAACAACAAUCACCACAUCGCCUCAUCAGCAGAACGGGAUAGUAGACGGACAGCAGCAGUUACAACAUGGUGCCAAAGCUGUAAUAGGACUUAAUGCCAAGAAGCCCCCACCCCAGGGUGUGGGUGGAGGGGGUGGCUUCCUCCCCCGGGGAGUACCUGCUCUGAACAGCCUUCCUGCCUCAGGCCUUGCCAAUACCACUGUGCUCAUUGAUGCCAAUGCCCCUCUCAAUGCAAUCCUCACUCCUGUAGCUGUCACUGGAGGGAACCUCAUUGCUGGUGCUGCUGCUAAUCCUGUGAACACCACUGGUGUCAGUAUUACAUCACCACAGCAAUCCAGUCCUGCCACCACACCUAGUCCUAACUUGAGAGCAGGUUCUGUCAGUCCACCUGUUGGGUCUCCUCUCCCUAAUGGCAUAAUUCCUUCUCCUUCUGCUGCCAGUAGUAAAGGUUUCACUCUCAACCACCUAACAGCAAGUAUGGCCCUGAGUCCUGUUGGUCAUAACAGCAGUCCCAGUCCUAGCUCUUCUAGUGUAUCUGACACAGGAGGUGGAAAUAAAGGUAAAACAUCCAGCAAUCCCACAGGACGCUUUAACAUCAAUGACAAGACGCGGUUCAAUGUGACCUAUCAGAAGUCACUCCAGCAGGCGCAGCAGCAGGCAGCACUAGCAACGGGCGCCGGGAACAAGAAACUGAACAAUUACCAACAGGUGUACCCAGGUCUGCAGCAGCACGCGGGUCAGCUGAGAGGACUGUCAGGGAAACAGAAAGUGAACCCCAUGAACCUCCAGCACCUGUCUCUUCCUCUGAGUUCUAGUCAGCAGCAACCUCUAUUUCUCUCUGAUGAUCAUCAUAAACAACAGAUACAGCCCCAGAUGCAGCAUUCCCCCUCAGGAAUGAUCUCCUAACACCAGGUCCUGGCAGGAAUGCUGCCACUGUAGUCUGACCAGGAAAGAAGUGGGAGAACUGGGAAAACUGGGAGAUCUGGGAAGGGACUGAUGUUAUUGUAUUGUUCAGCAGGUGACAGACCCAGGGACACUUUAGAUAUUCUGCUGUCAUCAUACCUCCAGUGAUGUGUGCAGAGAAGAUAUGGUGUGCUGGUGUUUAUAUGGAUGAAAUUAGUACUGUGAGCAAUGCAUGGAACGUUUUAUGGAAAAGAGAAGAAAACUUUGAAAAAAUAUGUUUUGACUUUCAAUGUAAGUAGCAUAAUUUUGAACUCCUGUUUGUCAUGCAUGUUGUACUGACAGAAAGUUUAGGUGACUUCUACUCUUUGUUUUCACAAAAAGGAUGACUUCUACUAUUUGUUUUCAUGUGAAAUUAAGAUGACCCUUCCACUCUUUCUAGUUUGCUCAAGUGUUGAGGUAUUCAACAAGGGUAUUUUCAGGAUAUAAUCCACAGACACUAGCAUUAUUAGCCAGGGAUGACGCUGCAGUGCAGGUCACCCAGACUUACUCUGAGAUUUCUGAACAAUACGCUUCAUUAACAGCUCUCGCCUCUCGUCUCAGAAGGCUACCAGUAUUUUGAAAUAACCUGAGAUUUAUAAGCAUUACAAGUACACAUUCAAACAGUCUUUGAAGAAGUAUUCAAGUUAAUCCCACAUCAUGGUGCUAGUUGCUAUUAUGGAGGAGGUAAGAGCCCAGUGGUUUCUAUGGUGUCUUUGAUCUCUGGGUCACAGGUCCUCCUAGGUCAGGAAAUACAGAUCAGCCUGGGAGUUGUUAACAGACCCAGAAAACAAGAAAUGAAUGAAUCCUAUUUUGCAGAAAUGUGGAAAAUGUUGAAGCUAUGUAAAUAUAUUGUCUUAUUUUUAUACAUAAAAAUUGUAAUGACUCCAUUUUCUAUAAAAAAAAAACAUGACAGUUACCAAGAUGUGUUUAUGUUUGUGUAUUGAACACAGAUUACAUGUUUUCUUGUUGUUAUUUUGUUUUAAAGUUGUAGUUGUGCUCAGUAUUUCCAAGUUAUUUGUUUGAUAUGACCAAGAUUUAUUUCAGCCUUCUGUUCAUGGGCUUACACAUGUGUUAAGGAAGUUCAUUUUUUUUUUCAUUUUAUUGAUAAUGCAAUGAUCAUGUAUGUUUCUCAGUCUUGUAUGGCAUACAGUGUUCUAGGUUCUGCAGUGAAGUCUAGGGCAAAGUAAGAUUCUCAGCUGAGUAAAUUUAUACAGCUGCUGUGACCAUUUUUUUUUUUUUUUUUUUGACAGUUUCAGUGCUCAUUUCUCAGGCUUUUAAUUAAAAAACUACAAAGCCAUUUUAGGUGUUUAAAAGCCCAGUGUAAUUGAAGUUGUUUAAUUUUUUCCCCAAAAUUUAGAAUAUCAAGAUGUUUGCACAGUUAAAGAACAGGUCUAUAUGAACAGCGUGUUAGUUGGAUGGAACAUCCUGUCACAGGGCCAUAUCAUUUUCUCUUUUAUUAUUUUGUAUCAUGUCAAAGCAAGCUUUUCUCUUCUCAUUGAUUUCAAAUACAAGAACUUGGCAUUUAGACUGCUUGUCCUCUCAUUUUUGGGUAUAUUUGUUAGGAUUGGGGGGGGGGGCUUUUUGAGGGUUGAGAUGGGGGUGAUCUUAUCUUUUGUAGUUCUGUGAUAAAAUUUUGCACUUGGUCCAAGCCACAUAUGCAUAAUCUGAAGAUUUUCUUCUCUAACCUUCUAACAAACAUGCUUUGACUUAAGUGACAUUUUUGUGGCAAGCUGUUUCCACGAGUGCCUGGAUGGGAAUAUCUUUCAGGAAAAGCAAUGU